AUGUCAAAACAUCCUUCAGAAGAGUACAUUAAUCCUUUGGCCAAGAAGUUCAAACUUCAAAACAGCCAUCUGCCCGCAGAGAAAGAUCAGUACGAAGGGCUGGCACUUCCCCCAAACUCGGAACUUUUAAAAAAUAAUUCACACGAAGCCUUGAAGGCAUACCAAAGGCUUCUCAAAGAAAACCAGACUACAGAUGAUUUGAUAAAUGCACAAUUGGUUGCCCUCCCAUUAAAUUUAACUUGUCCACAUUACUUCCCAGAAAAUGUGCAACUAUUAAUAAACACUAUCCCGACUCUAGACAACCUUGCAACACAGAUACUGAGGAUCAUCGCUCAGGGUCCGUAUCAGAAGAUAUUAGACAUAGUAGCCAAUCAAGAUAGCACGUUGGCGGGGAUAUCGUACAAAAACCUGAUAGAAUUGUUCGAGAUGACAAAGAGAAUUUACAGUACCGAAGAUCCGUUCUUGAACGUUGAACAUUUAACUUUUGGAAUAUGGAAAUAUGGCUGUGAGCCUCCCAGUUUUUUGAAGGGAAAAGAAGAUAGCGUGGAGAGUACUCUGAGAAAAGUCAAUUUGGCCACCUUCUUGAACGCAACUUUGGGUACGAACGAUGCCGGUUUUUACCACUUGAAUGAGUCUUUUCUGGAUGUGUUUUGUCCUUCUCAGUCUUUGGAUCCCUCAAAUACAAUGACCAACCUUACCGGAAAUUCUAUUUCCGGAUAUCAAGAAGGAGAGACUCAGAGAACGUCUGCAAAUUUUGUUCCUGGUAAACUGUUAAAGUCUCAAGCAGGACUAUACUUGGACUUGAAGACCCAAGCUUACAUUUCGGCAUUAGAAAUCAACGAAAGGCCAAAGGAUGAGAUUUUGGAGGAUUUAUUUCCCGAUAACAUGGAUGAAAUAUUGUUGAAAAGAAAGAACCCUGAUAUGGAAUUACAGCUACCAAUCAACAAAUCCACUGCUUUCACGCCGGCUGAGUCCGAUUUCAUAUCACGAGCCAAUAUUAGAAAACAAAGGCUCCAAGAAUCAGACAAUGACAGUAAACUAGCUGAAACCUACGAAUGGUUGGUGUUCUUGAAAGAGUUAUUUGACUACGUCUCCAAGAAUGUCGGUAUUUUAAUUUGGGGAAGAAGAGGACGUUUAGGGAAUCUCAGUCAAUCUUUGACCACUACACUUCCUGCCUCCCCGAUAGAGUUAAAGAAAACAACCUCUGGUAAAUCCGGAAGUAAAGAAGCUAUAUUCAAGGAUGACUCCAAAGAUGCAACACCAGUACCUACAUCUGCAUCAAAGAGUUCUACUCCGCUUAAAGCCGAUGGAGAAGAAGAGGGAAACCUCAAAUUGCAUCCAAAUUUUGAGCAGAUUACAAAUGAGUUACUUCCCUCCGAAAUCCAGAAACAACAGAUACUCUUGAUAUCUCAUCCGAAUAAGAUACGCCAGGGAUAUAGAAGACCCUGGACUGAAGAGGAAGAGCGUGCACUAAAACAAGCCCUAGAAUUAAAGGGACCACAUUGGUCACAAAUUUUAGAACUUUUUGGGGCUGGAGGAAAAAUUUCCGAAGCUUUAAAGAACAGAACUCAAAUACAACUAAAAGACAAGGCCAGAAAUUGGAAAAUGUUUUUCUUAAAAAACAACUUUCCUGUUCCUUCUUAUUUGACCAAGGUCACCGGCGACCUAGAUAGGGAUGAAAAGAGCUCUCGGAGAAAUAAAUCUAAGAAGCCGAGAGUAAAUGCUAAGAACAUAGAUCCUAAAACAUCUGGCCCAAUUAAACUACAGCAAGGCGAACACACACAACACAAUAAUGAUACUACUAAUACUGGUGAUAACGAGGCAGAAAACAUGAAAGCUAUGGGUACAGAAGUCAAUAAUGGAAACGAGGAUGAGAGUUCCAAUGCUGUUGCUAAUGCCAAUACAGAUACAAACAGGAAUAGCCAGGAAACUGGAAAUGGUGAUAAACCUCUAAAAGAGACCGAGGAACAUACUGACAAAGAUAGUGACAAUGAACCAAAGAAUAUUGUUCAAGAUAACCUAAACACCAAACAGGAUACCACCCCAUUGAGUGAUACAGAUGUUUCCAAGUCUACAGAACCCACGACACAGAUAUCGUCAGAACUGAAGGAGAAAGCUACCACGGAUACUGAAUUUCAACACAACGCAGCGAUUCAUGAAGAUUACGACCAAUUGAUUUCAAAUAUAUUGGCCCAACAAGACUUGGAACAAGUUGAUGGACAAUCCAUGCAAGAUGUCGAUACCGAAGUGGCUCAGAUCCUCAAUAAUAAUAGUGAUCCUGCUGCUAAUCGCACCACCACGACCGAGAAUCAAAGAAGCAGUGACAGUGAUGAAAAACAAGACUGA